UAACAAGGCUGAGGCACGAAGCAAUGGUACGCCGAGUCCAUUCGGCAGAUCAAUUUGCACGCCUUGGCUGCUGAGCGGCCUUUGGCGAGGACUUUACAUGUAACGCUGGGAAGGAGGCCAGGCUUAGAAGAGCGACACAAUUCGCGAGCACGCUACAUGCCUCAGCAUCUCUUUUUCACGACGUCCUGCACCUCAUCGAGCGCACUUGUAGCCAUUCCAUGCCGGCAGAAAUUGUUAGUGACAUAAUCCGCGUGUUCGUCUUCGAUUCGCGGUACGGUGUGCUGUUGUGCAAGCCCUGCGCCGCUCGCGACUAGGAAAGUCGGCCACUGCACUUGCGGAUUGUCUUCGUGAGGAACACGACCAUCUGUGGAAGGGUUGAGAUGAUUGGGUUGAUUAACUUGUGAGCUAUGGUGGGGAUCGAUCGAGACUAUACGAAGAAGCUGGUUCUUGAAGACGGAACGCACAGCCCCCUGCGGCAACUUCAGAACGCGUGCAGCACCUGUAGUAAACAACCCCAUAGAACACCACCACAUACCUAUACAAUGCCUACUUUUGAAGCCAAAAAUGGUCGUCUCGCCAAAGUAAAAGAAAGAGCGCUGGAAUUAAGUACUUGCAUCACCGACCCGCAGUGCUAUGACUUUCCAAGCAACAGGGGCCAUAAACCAAAGCUUAGUCAAGAGCAACAAGAUCUCAUCAUCAAGAUCACCACAUCAACACAGAACACUCGGGAAAAAGAGAGCUGGCAAGCCAUUGCAGAUGGCGACUUUGAGAACCAAGGGCUGCCAAAAAUCAGUGUAACACUUCAUCAAAACGUCAUGUACAAUGCUGGUUAUGCUCAACGGAGGCCUGGCUGGAAGCCGCAUCUAACACCUGAGCAAGAGCAAGAACGCUACAAAUGGGCUCUUGUGCACAACCCUGAUAGAUAUGAGUAUGGCGAUGGCCUCGGUUUUGACUUUCGCAAUGUUGUUUUUACUGAUGAAACUCCAGCUCGAGUGGGUGAGCAGCGAGGCAUGCAGAGGGUGUGGUGCAAAGACAAUGAGCGCUAUGAUGAAGGUGUUAAGAAGGAUCGCUCUGCAAAGUACACUGCCCUACAGUUCUAUGGAGCUUUCAGAUAUGAUCACAAAGGCCCUUGCGUCAUUUAUCACGAAGAAACAGACGCUCAGAAGCACAAGGCUGAGAAGAAGUUGCAUGCUGAGAACAAGUGGAGGAAGGAGAACUGGAACUCCACACAGCUCACAGCUCGUGCGGCACUUCAGCAGCUUAAUGAGAGCGACUACAAUGGACGAUUGCGCACUCGGAAGCUGCAGUAUGUACCUUCUCAGCAUGAUUACAAACGGAAUACUCGCGCGCGAGGUGGGGUGGAUGGCUAUUGACACCGCGAGGAGGCACUUAAAACAAUCGUGCCUUGGAUGCAAGAGCUCAAAAAGCAAGGAGUAUGGUGCUAUUUACUUGAAGACGGUGCGCCGGAUCACAUUGCAG